AUGGGUGUUUGCAAAGACAAGAACAAGAAAAGAGAAGACUUCUGUAACACGGAUAUUACCAAGUUUUAUUCGUCUUGCUUCCUUUUACCUCGUUGCACUGCUGAGAGCAAGAUAGGUCAUCAGCAGCUGUACUGGAGCCACCCGCGCAAAUUCGGCCAGGGUUCUCGCUCUUGUCGCGUCUGUUCAAACCGGCACGAUCUGAUCCGGAAAUAUGGCCUCAAUAUGUGCCGCCAGUGUUUCCGUCAGUACGCGAAGGAUAUCGGUUUCAUUAAGUUGGACUAA